AGGCAGUGCCCUGCUGCUCAUCAUCAUUUUGGGCUUUGGAGGAAGCUUUCAGUCUGGUUACCAUAUAACUGGACUCAGUUCCCCUUCACCAUACAUUCAGCACUUCAUCAACAGCACCUGGUAUGACAGAUACAAAGAGCCUCCAGCUCCACAGAAGGUCACCAUGAUCUGGUCUCUUAUGGUCUCCAUGUAUGCUGUUGGGGGACUCUUUGGUGCUGUCAGUGUCAAACUCUUCUCGCGGAGACUGGGGAGAAAGCAAGCAAUGAUCUGCAACAGCUUAAUUUCCAUUAUUGGAGCAGUGAUAAUGCUGACAAGUAAGGAGGCGAAGUCCUUUGAAAUGAUCAUUGUGGCGAGGACGCUGUAUGGAUACUCUUCAGGUUUAGGAGUGAGCCUCCAUUUAAUGUACCUGGGGGAGAUUUCACCUAGGAAGAUCAGAGGCCGAGUGACUCUAACUUCAGCCACUUUUACUUCACUUGGUAAACUUUCAGGACAGUUUUUCGGAUUAAGUGAGAUUCUUGGCGGUCAGGACGUUUGGCACAUUCUCCUCUGUGUCCCUGUGUGUUUCUCCGUGGUUCAGGUUUUGGUGCUGCCUUUUCUUCCAGAGGCUCCCAGAUAUUUAUUUAUAGAGAAAGGAGAUGACAUAGCCUGCAAAAGCGCCCUCCAGAGUUUAUGGGGUAACGGUGACUAUAAGGAAGAAAUGGAAGAGAUGUUGAUUGAGCACAUGGCUCUUGAAGCUUCUCCACCAAAGAGCCCUCUGCAGCUGCUGAAGAACAGGACGGUGCGAUGGCAGCUCAUCACCAUGUUCGUCAUUUACUGUUGCAACCAGAUGUCCGGCAUGACAGCGAUCAGCACCUUCUCCUUCGACAUCUUCCUGAAUGCUGGUGUUCCAAGAGACAAGAUCCGCUACGUCACUCUUGGUCUCGGAAUAUCUGAAAUCCUCACCUCCAUCUCCUGUAGUCUUGUGAUAGAAAAUACAGGGAGGAGGCCGUUGUUCUGGGGAGGAUAUGCUGUCAUGUCUGCUAUCUGGAUGGUGGUAACGGUCAUGUUAAACCUAAAGGAUUUAAGAUGGGUUCCCUACGCUACUUCUUCUCUUAUCUUCCUCUUCAUCAUCUCCUUUUGUGGAGGACCUGGGGCGGCUACAGCUACACUGAGCAGCGAGAUCUUCAUUCAGUCUGAUCGUCUUGCAGCUUUCGUUCUAAUGGGGCUGCAUCGUUGGUUCCUGUUCGCUGUGAUGGGCCUAAUUUUUCCAUUCAUCAUUCAUGCAUUCAGCUCAUACUGCUUUCUGCUGUUUGCUGGUGUGUGCGUGCCGGGCAGCCUUUAUACCUUCUUCCUCCUGCCUGAGACCAAAGGGAAGACUCUGGUGGACAUUUCAGAGGAGUUUAAAGCCAUUACGGUCUGUGGGAAAUCCUUCUUGGAGGAAGAAAAAGUGGAGACCAAGUUGUAA